GAUUUGGUUAUAUUUGUAAGGUUUCAGAGAAGGGUGUUUGUGUUUGAUGCUCGGUAACAAAUGGCGCCCAUAUACUAUAUCAUCAUUGCGUUGCCUUGUACUGUUGGUGCCAUUGCAUUGGCGCUUUUGCACAUAUACAGGCACCUUUUGAAUUACACUGAGCCUACUUAUCAAAGAUACAUUGUUCGCAUCAUCUUUAUGGUUCCUGUUUAUGCACUAACGUCAUUCUUGUCACUCAUCCUAAAUGAGAGUGCCAUCUAUUUCAAUUCCAUUCGUGAAAUAUAUGAGGCUUGGGUCAUAUAUAAUUUUCUAUCACUCUGCCUGGCAUGGGUAGGCGGCCCAGGGGCUGUUGUUCUAAGUUUGAGUGGCCGAGUUUUAAAGCCAAAUAUGUGUCUGAUGACCUGCUGCUUUCCUCCACUUCCUUUGGAUGGACGCUUUAUUCGAAGGUGCAAGCAGGGAUGUCUGCAGUUUGUGAUUCUCAAGCCGAUAUUAGUGAUCGUUACAAUCAUACUCUAUGUAAAAGGAAAAUAUGAGGAUGGAAAUUUCAGUCCUAGGCAAUCAUACCUCUACCUCACAAUUAUAUAUACUAUCUCAUACUCAAUGGCACUUUAUGCCUUGGCUUUGUUUUACGUGGCAUGCAAAGAUCUGCUCCGGCCUUUUAAUCCAGUUCCAAAGUUUAUCAUUAUAAAAUCCGUCGUAUUCCUUACGUACUGGCAGGGUGUUCUGGUGUUUCUUGCUGCAAAGUCAGAACUUAUUAAAGAUACCGAGGAAGCUGCUGAAUUUCAGAAUUUUGUAAUUUGUGUUGAGAUGCUUAUUGCAGCUUUUGCGCAUCUUUAUGCCUUCCCAUACAAGGAAUAUGCUGGCGCAAAUAUUGGUUCUUCUAGUGGUUUUACCGCUAGCCUUGGACAUGCCCUUAUGCUAAAUGACUUUUACCAUGACACGGUCCACCAGUUUGCUCCUACUUAUCAUGAUUAUGUUCUCUAUAAUCAUGGUGGUGAUGCCGAAGAGGGAUGUGCAACGAAGUACCGAGCGAGGACUUUCGUUCCAACUGGCCCAGAGAUGGAUACUGUUAGGAAAAACAAGCACAUACUUGGAAACAAACAGGAAGAUGUACAGUUAUCUAGUCUCUCCCCCUCUGCUAAUAACAAUAAUCCACAAAAUCUGGGUGCAGGCCAGCAAACAGGGAAAUCGGAGGCAAUGAACUACUCGUUGCUUAUGGAUGCAUCAAAUAAUGUUUCAGCACCCUAUGACCUAUCACUGAUUGAUGUAGACAUUUCAAGUUAUCCAUCUAAGGUACCUGCAGCCAAUCCUGGGACAAGGUGAUGACAUUGAAUUUUCAUCCAUGUGUGGAAUUUAUUUUGUUGGAAAUUAGAUGUGCACAGCGUCAUAUGCGACCUAGUAUGUCGCUGUGAAGCUCACAGUUGUAACUUAGCGUGUAAAUGUAGGCAAAGCUAGUUUUCUACCAUGUACCUUUUGAUUGUUUGUUCCCAUUUCCAUAUGUAGUGUAAUUAGAGAAACCUCAGUUAUGUUGCAUUUGGAUGGCUUAACACAAAGCUCAUCAUAUUUUAUCUAUCCACAGUUUGCCUUUAAUUUAUAUAUCUGAAUGAUUAGCUUA